AUGGCGAUCUGCAUUCACCCGUGGGCUGGCGAGACGGCGAUCCUCCCUCGUCUCCUCGACGACGUCUUCAGCGAGAUCGACGACGCUUUCAACGAGCUCGCCCAGAUUGAGCCACCAAUCCACUCUGUUGCGCGAAGGAAGGGAAGGAAAGCUGUUGCAGGACAUUUAGGCAAGGUUACCGACGACGGGUCAAAGCUGGCGAUUUCACUGGAUGUGUCGAAAUUCAAGCCAGAUGAACUGAAGGUGAACAUCGAUGGCCGAACUCUAACGAUUGAAGGCAAGCAAGAAAUCACUGAAGGUUCAAAUUACACCAGC